AAUGGCCACAAGUUUGUUCAUUUCCAUGGUGUUUUUGUCGAUGGGCUGUGACUCAUCUAGGCUGUUUAAACUAGCCAAAAGCUCAAAUUUCAAGGUGAUUACAGGUAGUUUGUAAUUAGAACCAUUAGGAAACUAACUAAACUAAGGAUAGUCAUUCAAUAAUCAACAAGUGACAUUCACCCCAAGAAGUCAGGAUGCAAAAGAACAGCGGAUGUGAAACAGUGCAAGUUAGUUAUCGCUCCAAAGUUGAAUUCAAUGUAACGAAGGCCCUGAUCCGUUCUCGAAGCGACUGUUUCUUGGAGUCAAAGCGAGCGCGUGAACGAAUGCUUAAAGAAAAAGAAUUUGAAAACCGAACUCCAUGGGACAUCAAGCCACCGGACUUCACACUUCAAAUCUACCGUCCAAAGCCUCCCAAACGAAAUACAAGAGAAUCUAUGAUACCAGGUUACAACGAAGACGAGUGGAAUGAAAGAGCAAAGGAGAGAAACAAACAGCGGAUUGAAUUUAAACCUAUUUCUUUACCAAAAAUUCUACAGCCCCCAGUAUCACACAAGGUGCCUUUCUCCACUCAGUUUCGUAUUCCGGACUCUCAUGCUGCCAAAAUCAAGUACGUUAGGGAAGGUGUACACAAACGUGAUCCUUACGUUACACCGGGACCUCAUGCCUUCAGAGGGGAUAAUUUCAGACCACUGGAGAAUCCAAAAACGUAUGGUUUGCCAGAGUUCGAGACUACUUAUGAUCACGAUCCAGGAAAUUUGAAGUUCAAGUCCAGAACAUUGAAUGUCCUGUAUGACCCCUAUACAGAUCAGUUUAUAAAUUGUAAGGAUGGUUAUAGAAAACAGAUGAUAACUUACAAAGAGGAGGAGUGCGAAUGGGAUAAGUCACUCAUCUUAUACAAAGGGCCAUACAAAAAGGGUCAUUUGCCAGGAAGUGCUCUGAUGAGACAGAUAGCCAAACAGCUGCCAUGGUGUUCACCCCAAGAUAAGAUUGAACAAUUUUCAAGGCCAGACAUUUUUGACAAUAAAACAGCUGACUGGUUAGAAGUAACAGCACAUAGCAAAGAACUCAACAGGAUCUAAAAAUUGUUAAAGAGCAUGCAGAAAUGUGCAGAGUAAACAUGGUUCUAGUGUAUGUAAACAAUUGCGAAUUACACUUCAUAGUGACUGGCAAAACAUGCUACAGCUUGUUGUGCAUCACAUCAUUCAGGAUUCUACAUCUAUACAUCAUAGUCACAUGACUUGAACCUAUAUCAAAGACUGCAAUAAGGGUUCUUCUACAGUGCAAUAGUUAACAAUUAUUCACCAAAGUGGAGCCACGAACUGGUGCUCAGGGUAAAUAUCCACCACUUUCUCCAAAACCAUGGUGAAUAAUUGGUUCAGUAAAUACCACACAGAAACUGAAAAGAAUUAGUUUAUUUCAGUCUGUAAAUAUACAAAAAAAUGGUUGGAAAUUGAAUUAUUGACAUGCAAUUUUGUCUCCUUGGUUGCUUGGAGGUGAAUAGUACUUGCUAAUCAUUUCUGAACCAGCUCAUCAUGCAUGAAAAGCAACAUUCACCUGUAAGGUAUAAACUAAUUCAAAAUAUGUCAGACUAGAAAGUGUUCACUCUCUGAAAGUUUAUUUUUAAAAACAAUCAUGUCUCCCCAUCCUUUGAUAAUGUGUUACAAACAUUUUUAUACAAUCACUUACAGGCAAAAAUGAAAUGAACAACAAACUAUUAAUUUAUUCUAUUGGAAGUACAUUUUUUUGGUUAUUGUUGCAUUUUUUUCCAGAUACCAUGUAC